UGUAAACAACAAGGCGAGUUUUAAACGUUAAAAUUUAAUCCAAAGAUCAAGCUUGAAUAUCAGGUGUUAGCAAUAUUAAAUAUUUCGUUAGCAACAAAAAUUGAACAAAGCUAUCCUUGAGAAGCGAUUCUGUGAUCAAGUUUUAACUCUAAUACCACCCACAAGGCAACACGAAAAUUCCAUAAAUCAACGGCGGACUAGAAUGCUGAUUACCUCCGAUGAUGAACGGCAACGAAACCAUUAUCAUGGAUAUUGCGUCCCUGUCGAAUGAUGAACUGGCGGAAAGCUAUCGAACCCUGUCGGAAAGCUACCGGGCUCUGAAACGUGACCACGAAGCUGAACUACAGCUAAGUCAUGAGCUGCGUCGAAACUACCAAACCUCGUCGGAAUCGAUAGCCUAUUUGACGACCGAGCUGGAAUCGAUUGACGCUGUGCACAAGGCAGAAUUGGCAAAACUCAAAGAAAAAUACGUUUCGACGUUGACAACACUGAAGGAUUCCAAUGCUGAUCUGAAGCAACAAAUUUCGGGUUUAGAAACAACCGUCGACGAACUACAGAAACAGCGGGAUGAUCUGAGACAGAAGAUUGAUGAAUUGGAAUCGGCAGGAGCCAACGCCGACACGGCCACUUGUAAUGUCACACAAUCUUCCGAAAGCGAAACAUUUCUCGAACGGGAAAACGAGGAGCUGAAACAGCUGGUGUCCGAUCAACAGGAGAAAAUAGAUACACUGAUGCUGCAGUUGGUUAAUUCAGAGAGCAAACUGGAAAAUUUCAAAGAGAAAAUAGAAUGCAUGGAAGAUAAUUUGGCGGGUAAAAAACAAGAUUUAACGGAAAUGCAGACGCUGCUGGAUACGGCUCAUGAGGAAAACAUGAGACUAAACUCCGAGCUGGCCGCUUUUCGCACUGCACCGGAUGAUCCUAACAAAAAAGGAAAUUCUUUGUUCGCUGAGGUGGAUGACCAACGGCAGAAGCUGAUCGAGAUGCUUGAGUCGCAACGAAAGCACUACCACGAGUUGAAAAAGCUUCACUCGGAGAGUCAGUUUCAGAUUCGACGGCUAACGCGGGAGAACAAAGAGAUUUGUGAUGAGAUACAGGCUUGUAGUGAUCUGUUUGUCCGGGCAAACAGAAACUUUCAAGAUGAAUCGUCAAAGCAAAUUCUUUUGCUGAAAGAUCUAAAUCAGCGGCUUCAAGAGCAAUUGGGUUCAGCAGAGAGAAGACUAAUCGAACGGGCUAUCGAUACGCCAUGGAUGGACUCCUUUGUGUCUUUCUAUAAGAAUGAAAGCGCCACUCUGAGAACGCAACUAUUGCAACUGCAGAUGUCUAAACGUUUGGUCGAUGAAGUAUGCUGGGAUGCACAGCGUGAUCUUGCCAAAUGGCGCUUUGAGGCACUCAAGUCACGCUAUAUUAUCAUAAACCGGGAAUCUUUGCUAGAGGAACACGGGAUUGAAUUCGCGCCGUUCGAUACAAUGGAAGCUGGAAUCCACAUCAACGAGGUGUUGGUGGCCAACGCUAAACCACAUGUUGGAUUUUCAACUUCAGCGAAUCCUGUACCUAAAAUAGAAGAUCGCUGGAAAGAAUUAGAUUUGCUAGCUGAUUUAAACAUUGCUCCGAAACUACCUGUGGUGGAAGGCAUAAACAAGGAGACGGAAUUGAUGUUGGCACCCCCUCCACCUUCGGAAGCGAUUCAUCGUUCUGCAGUGAAAGAAGAGUUCUUAACACCUCUGGCCACCCCUCUAGUCACACCCGUUCCAUCUCCGAAAUCCCUUAAAAAAGAGAAUGUCUCAUUUGUGAGUGGCACAUUCUCUAACGCAGAGAAGAGCGGUGUGCCAACCUACAGGGAUAUUGUGUUCAGUCCGAAGGACGCGCCAAUUAUCUACAAGAAAAAGCAAUUUUCAGAAAUGUUCGGAAAAGUUGAUUCACAUCAGGGUGCUACUAAAAAGACUACUCCAGCAGUCGACGAACAAGAAAAGGAAAAUGUUCUGCAGGCAGAAAAGGUUACAGAUACAAACCAGCAACCGCAAACAUCCGAUGGCAAAAGGUGGGGUUGGAUAUCCGAGAAGCGUACCAAGAACAACAUCGUUAUCAGAAGAUUCAAGUUUCCAGAGCGAGGCAAUACGGCGUCCGCUUCCAAACAGUCAAAAUGAGAACGAAUUUAUCAAGAUGUGCAUAUUUUUUAAUGUGGAUCUUCGAUUUUAUUCGAUAUUUUUCUGAAAAAAAACUAUUUAAAAGUA